AUACCAGGUUCUGCUAGGAAAAGCCAAGUUUUCCCGAGAAUGUUUCAGAAAAAGUUACGUGGACCGUGGGCGUUUCGCACACACCUAAGCUCCUGGCAAGUAUGACACAAGAAUUUCACAGAGAGAUUUGCAGCAGCAAAAAUCUCCUUUGCUGUAGGAUCUCAAGUCUUGAGGCAGCUGCAAGAAGGGGGGAAAGAGACCUUCAGAAACAUGGCUUCCAAAGAAGAGAAUCCACAAAGCACGAACAGAGUGCUAAGAAUAAGUCAGCUGGAUGCACUUGAACUGAACAAAGCCCUGGAGCAACUAGUUUGGUCCCAGUUUACUCAGUGCUUUCAUGGAUUUAAGCCAGGGCUGUUAUCCCGCUUUGAACCAGAAGUAAAAGCAUUCUUGUGGGUUUUCUUGUGGAGAUUCACCAUCUACUCCAAAAAUGCCACUGUGGGGCAGACAGUUUUGAAUAUUCAGUACAAAAAUGAUUUUUACCCAAACCUGAGAUAUCACCCACCCAGUAAGAAUCAGAAGCUCUGGUAUGCUAUUUGUACAAUUGGAGGGAAGUGGCUAGAAGAACGGUGCUAUGAUUUGUUUCGAAACCACCAUUUUGCAUCAUUCUGGAAAGUCAAGCACUGUGUGAAUAUUGUAGUUGGACUAUUGAAGUUAGGUGAGCUGAUUAAUUUCUUGAUUUUCCUUCAAAGAGGAAAGUUUGCAACAUUGACAGAACGUCUACUAGGCAUUCGGUCUGUAUUUUGCAAGCCCCAAAACAUGCGUGCAGUUGGCUUUGAGUAUAUGAAUAGGGAACUUCUCUGGCAUGGUUUUGCAGAGUUUCUUAUUUUUCUCUUACCACUUAUUAAUAUCCAGAAGUUGAAAGCCAAGCUAUCUUCAUGGUGCAUCCCUCUUACUGGUGCUCAUAAUAAUGACGAGACUUUAGGCACCAGUGGCAAAGAAUGCUCUCUGUGUGGAGAGUGGCCCAUCAUGCCUCAUACCAUAGGGUGUGAGCAUAUCUUCUGUUAUUACUGCAUUAAGAGUAGUUUCUUAUUUGACAUGUACUUUACGUGUCCCAAGUGCGCCACAGAGGUACAUAAUCUUCAACCUCUGAAGUCAGGAAUUGAGAUGUCAGAAGUGAAUGCACUUUAGAAACUGCAAUUCUUUCCUCUCAGGAA